GUCACAAUGGGCAGAACUGGACCACACGGGGACACAGCCUCGGAAGGAACAUAUGAGCAUCUUCUGGGAGACCGGGGACACAGGGAGUCCAGAGGGUCAGGCCGGUGGCCAAGGGCAUUUCCUAAGACUCAUCAGUCCCCAUGCCACCCCUUGAGGUGGCGCCUUGUCCCCCGAUGGCGAUGGCCGCGGUCGCCCUCCUGCCAUGCCCGAUGUCCCGGCUGGACUUCCUCAAGGCCUCGCACUUUGCACUAGGGCCGGAUCCGCGGCUGCACGUGGACGCCAUGCAACCCACGUCGCACCGGGACUUCCCGGCCUACCCGGGCGUCACCCGCGCGCUGUCGUGCCAGGAGCCGCCCGUCAGGUCCUUCUUCCGACAGGACACCCGCGCCGCAGGCGCGGAGCUCCAGUCGGAGGCGCACCGCGCGUUCGCGCCCCUGGCGCCGCAGCCGUCCGCGCCGUCGGGGACGCGGGAGCGCACCCUCGCCACGCCGGCCACCAACUUGCGCGUGUACGCGCCCGCGCGCUCCCGUACCGGCCUCUCCACCGCGCGCGCGGACUUUGGCUGGCCGGAGCUGCCGGCGCGCGCCAGAGAGCAGAUCCGCGGCGCGCGCCUCAUCUUCGACCGCGACUCGGUGCCUGCCGGCGACCCAGCCAAGCUGCGCAUCCCGCCCACCACCUACCAGGCGCUUUUCCCGCCCCACGACGCGUGCCCGCGGCCCCGCGCGCCCUGCAGCCACUUCGGGGGCAGCAACGCACUCCAGUGGGACCACAGGACACAGGACGAUGGGACCUCCUACCAGAGACAGUUUCAGGCCCUGCCAGGCCCACCUGCCUCGAUGUGUAAGAGGGCCUCCUCCAGUGUGGAGCUGGGAGACUCCAAGAUUGGCUAUGGGCCCGUGUGCUCCGAGCAGAAACAAGCCUACGGGCCCCAGGGUCUGCCCCCAGACAGGUAUGACAAGGCCCAGGCCUCGGCCCACAUCCACUAUGUGAAUAUUCGUCCUGGAGAUGGGCUCUUCCGUGACAGGACCACCGAGGCUGAACACUUCUACCCCCGAGAGCCAGAGCGUUUUGUUCUUCACCACGACCAGACUCCGGCAUCGCACAUCCUGGAAGGAAAUCAGUGCCCCGGCCCGGGCAGCCUCACCACCUCUGUGCACUUCUUCCACGGCCAGCCACUGCCCCUGAACAAGCCACCCAGCCGCCACGUGCCUCACGAGAAACUGCAGAGUCACGUGGGCCUAGGGGAGUCCUCGCUGCUCGGACAGUUCUUCCAGACCUCCACGGGCACGGACUACUGCUCCCCGGGCACCAUCCAGAAGCCGCAGAGAGUGCCCACUCUCCACUUGCUGCCUAGCAACCUGCCCCAGGGCACCGGCGGGCCCUGCCCCUCCUCCCUCAGCCCCUCAGCUCGACUACCCCCACCCAAAUCUACAGAAACAGAUUUUUUAACCAUGAACCAGAAGAUGCUGAAGCCGCACAGAACAGCUCCCGCCUCCGUGACUGACGAGAUGCUACAGCGGUGCAAGUAUAACCACAUUGAGCCCCCGCUGGGUGGACAGCGCUUCUUCUCAACCCAAUACGAGGAUGAGUUUGCCUUCAAGUUCCAGGGCCCAGCGGUGCUGAGAUCGGCCAACCUCCAGGACAGCCGUGUGCCUCUGGGCUCCCCCCGCCAGUGGGUCUGUGGGGCUGGGAAGGUAGAGCCUCAGACCCCCCAGCCCCCUACUUACCCAUGCCCUAGCCAGCAAUAAACACUGCCUUGGCAACAUCUCA